AUGUCUUCAGAAUCAGAAAAAGAUAGAGACAGGCUGGUUCAAGCUGCCCAAAAGUUCUUCUUUCAUAUGCAAGAUCUUGCUUCCUUCACUAACAUACUUAUCGAAUUGUUUAACUGCAGUCUGAAUACUCAGAUCAACCACAUGACUGUGAAAGAAGAUGAUAAUAUUAAGGAUGUCUUUGAACAAAUGUUCAAAAUUUUAAAGGAGAUGCAAUCUGUACUGGAGGCAAAGUAUGACCAAAUGCAAAAGGAACCUUUAUGUUCCCAGAUUGCAACAGCUGUUUGUUCCAUAGUUGAGAAGAACACCAAUGUAAAGGAGUUGCAUCAGUCAGCUAAAGAAAUGUUCAAAAAUGUCCACACACCAGUCAUUGUCUCUGUGCUGAAUAGUAGUAACAUCCUGGGGAGUUUAGAAUCUUCUGUCUCACCCUUGAUGAAAUAUCCCAUCAUGAAUCUUCGGUUAAGUGACCUCUAUAGAAAAGACACCAAAGAGCAAUCAGAUGCCACCACAUCUGAGAAAAGCACAAGUCCAGGGCCACCCCAAAUCAGUACAAUAGACACCUUGAAGAAGUUGCAGGGUGCGCCGAAAACUGAGCAAACAAAGAAUACCAUCAAGUCCACUGCAGAUCAGCUGGAGCAAAUUGUCAAAGCUUUGCUACCAAUCUUAGAGGUCCUCCAAAAAGUCAUAAGCACUAUGGAAACCAAGACGCCUGUGUCUAAGAAGACCAAUGACCAGUAG